AUGUCAGUCAUUCUCUGCACAGCGGGCUACGACCAUACAAUCCGGUUUUGGGAAGCCCUGACCGGCAUCUGCUCAAGGACUAUCCAACACCCAGACUCCCAGGUUAAUCGCCUGUGCAUCUCCCCCGACAAGCGCUACCUUGCUGCGGCUGGACACCUCAAUGUGAAGCUCUUCGACAUUCGCUCCUCGAACCCUUCCCCUUUGCUUACCUUCGAAGGCCACACUGGCAAUGUUACAGGGGUUGCGUUCCAUUGUGAAGGACAAUGGAUGGUGACAAGUUCUGAGGAUGGGACCGUUAAGAUUUGGGAUACACGGACUGGUGCCAUCCAACGCAGCUACAACCACGGCUCGCCCGUGAAUGAUGUCGUAAUCCACCCCAAUCAAGCUGAGAUUAUCAGCUGCGACCGCAGCGGUAGCAUCAGACUCUGGGACCUGACGGAGAAUAUCUGCGCUCACCAACUGAUACCCGAAGAAGACGUGUCAGUGUCAGGAGUGACUGUGGCAGCAGAUGGUUCUUUGCUUUGCGCUGCAAAUCACACCGGCAAUGUUUACGUCUGGCAGCUGAUUCAAGCUUUUGACCGCACCCAGCUGGUCCCUAUCACGCACUUUUCAGCACAUAGGCACUACAUUACUCGAAUCCUUCUUUCUCCCGAUGUCAAGAAGUUGGCAACUUGCAGCGCAGACCACACCGCCAAGAUAUGGGAAGUGAUAGAUAUGGAGCCUGCGGGACCCGAUAAUUCUGAGCCGAGACCAUUCCCUCUUGAGGCCACGCUGACAGGCCAUCAGCGCUGGGUGUGGGAUUGCGCUUUUAGUGCCGAUAGCGCCUACCUUGUUACAGUAUGCAGCGAUCACUAUGCCCGUCUGUGGGAGCUCUCGAGCCAACAAAUCAUUCGGCAAUAUAGCGGUCAUCACCGUGGUGCUGUCUGUGUCGCCUUGAAUGACUACUCUGAGGCCCGGUAG